AUGCUUGGAGCAUCAAGUAGUGAAGAAGAUGAUGACGACCAUCUGAUCAACGAUAACGAUGAUGCCUCUGAAAUCCUUUGUCUUCCACGCCGACAGUUUCCAUUGUCAAGUUCACCGCGUUCCAUGUCUCCAGCUCCUUCAGAUUCCGCUUCACAAGCUAAUUCACUUCAUCGUGGAGAUUCGCUGCAGACAAACAGGAGGAAAGAUUCGGGAUCAUCGUAUAAUGCGAUGAUGAUUAAAACGAGUCAAAGCAGGCAACUCACUCCGCAACCUUUGACCAGAUCAGCUUUGAAUCAGUCUUCGCAGGAAAUUUCAGAUGAUGAAGAAUAUUACGCAAUAAAUGAGCAAAAUACUCCGGCACAUGGAACUUCUGAUUUCACUCCAAAGAUAAGUAAAGAAGAAGAAGAGAGGCUAAAAACUGAAGUUGAGGAGGAAGAACGUAAAAAAAAACUACAACUCUAUGUUUUUGUGGCAAAAUGUAUUGCCUACCACUUCAAUGCAAAACAGCCGACUGAUAUGAUAAGGCUGCAACUUAAGGUAACAAGGCAAGAACUCUUCAGGAUUAAAGAUCGCUUCCAGUCAUUUUUAAAAGGCGAAACACAGAUUGCAGCAGAUGAGGCUUUCACAAAAGCAAUUGAGUCUUAUUUCGAGGUUUUUUUAAAAUCUGAAAGAGUGCAAAAAGUUGUUCAAGCUGGUGGUUUUUCACAUCAUGACUUCAGAGAGGUUUUCCGAUGUAACACGGAGAAAAUGAUCACAAAUUUACCGGAAUUAGAUGGUGUAUCAAAGGAAACAAUGCUCAAUAACUGGUUGGCUAAGUUUGAUGUUAUUGUCCGUGGAGAUGAGGACACACUUCAAUCAAGACAAGCAAGAGGUCGACUACGAGGACUGAAUCAGUCCAAUGCAGGACUAACUCUUCUCAAAGACCAACUUUACGAUAUUUUUCAACAAAUUCUAUCUGUUAAAAAAUUUGAGCAUCAGAUAAUAUUUAAUGCUUUACAGUUGGAUAAUCCGGAUGAGCAAGCAGCAGCUAUUCGACGAGAAGUAGCUACAAAGGAAGAAGCAUUACGAGAUAUGACAAGAAUGAAAAAACUAAUGCCGAAAUUUGUGGUAAAAGACAUGGAAACCUUAUUCAUUGAUGAAACUCGUCAAUCGAUCAAUCUAUUGAUCAGUAAUUUGGAAUCAGUACCCGUAACUCCACGUGGUCAGGGUGUUAUUUCACGAAAAAAAGAUUCUAAAGGAAGAAGCAGUGCUUCUGCAAAAGCCAAAAGAUCGCGCAGCAUCGAAGAUCUCUCUCUUUUUAACAGCUUGAAACGACGUACCAGCUCAAGUUCUCUGAAUAAGGCCGACAGCGAUGACGAUGUUUCGUUGACCAAAAGUGAUGUAGUGCUUACUUUUAAUAUGGAGGUUGUCGUGAUGGAGGUACAAAAUUUGAAAUCUGUAGUUUCUAAUAAACAUGUUUAUUGUACUAUGGAAGUCGAUGGUUGCCCAAAGUUACAAACAGAUCGCGCAGAAGCUUCAAAACCAUCUUGGGAUACACAAGGGGACUUUGCUACAAAACAUCCUCUUCCAACAGUAAAAGUAAAACUUUUCACAGAAGUAAAGAGUUUGGUCGCUUUUGAAGACAAAGAACUUGGGAAAGUAAUAAUAAGACCAACUCCAAACUGCUCAAAAGCCCCUGAGUGGUACAAUAUGACAGUACCAAAGAGUAGUGUAGACACCAGUCUCAAAAUCAGAAUAGCAAUUCGAGUUGAGAAGCCUCCUAAUCUAAAAUAUUGUGGAUAUUGUUAUUCUCUAGGGAGGAUAGCAUGGAAGAAAUGGAAAAAGCGAUUUUUCUGUUUAGUACAAGUUUCUCAGUAUGCAUUUGCGAUGUGUAGCUAUAGGGAAAAAAAAGCAGAUCCUACAGAAUUCAUUCAACUUGAUGGUUUUACAAUAGAUUACAUGCCAGAGUCCGAUCCAGAUUUAUAUAAUCAAGGUGGUAAAUAUUUUUUCACAGCAAUCAAAGAAGGAGAUGAACUGAAAUUUGCAACAGAUGACGAGAAUGAAAGGCAUUUAUGGGUGCAGGCUUUAUAUCGAGCUACAGGUCAAGCUUACAAACCAGUUCCUCCAAAACAGUCAUCUGCUGCACCAUCAAAAGCUCAAGGCUUUGCUGACAAGGCCAGUAAACAUGGUAUGGAUGAGUUGAUUCAAGCAGAUCCAAUCAAUUUCGGGCAUGAUCAUCUUUUCAGUAAAUUACAAUCCCUUACUUUGGAUUUCCGACUGGGCGAACCUAUAUGCUCAUUAGGUUGGUUUUCACCUGGUCAAGUAUUCGUAUUGGACGAAUACUGUGCUCGUUAUAUGGUUCGCGGUUGCUAUCGGCACGUUUUUCUUCUCAAUGAUUUGCUCAACAAGGCUGAUGAGGGUUUCCUUAUUGAUCCUACACUUUUGCAUUAUUCAUUUGCUUUUUGCGCUUCUCAUGUCCAUGGCAAUAGACCAGAUGGGGUUGGAACUGUUACAUUAGAAGAGAAAGAAAAAUUCCAGGAUGUGAAGGAAAGAUUAAGAACGUUGCUUGAAAAGCAGAUUACAAAUUUCAGGUACUGUUUUCCUUUUGGUCGACCUGAAGGUGCAUUGAAAGGAACGCUGUCGCUACUUGAAAGAGUGCUUAUGAAGGAUGUUGUCUCACCUGUGCCUCCAGAAGAAGUUCGAAACGUAAUCCGAAAGUGCCUUCAAGAUGCAGCCUUAGUCAAUUAUACCCGAAUCUGCAACGAUGCAAAGCUUGAGCGUGAGGUUUUACGCCAAGAACGUAUGGGUGUGGAUGUGAGCCCUCAACAGAGAAUUGAAGACAUGAUACGGGUUACUGAAUUUUGCAUUGAUCUGUUGCGAGAGAACGAAGAAUAUCACGGUGAUAAUGUCAUACCUAUUGAUUCAAAGGCAUUUUCUUGGUUCAACGAUCUUCUUGCUGAUCAUUCCGAAAUCUUUUGGUCGUUAUACUCAGUAGAUCUAGACGCAGCGUUAAGUGUGCAACCACCUGAUUCGUGGGAUUCUUUUCCAUUGUUCCAACUACUAAAUGAUUUCUUGAGUAGUAACUCCCAUCUCAAAAAUGGAAUAUUCCAUACUAAACUAAUACAACAGUUCUCAUCUAAAGUUGUGCGAUAUAUAGAUUUAAUGGAACAUUCCAUUGCACAGUCAAUUGAGAAAGGUUUUGCUCGAGAAAAAUGGGAAAUGCGAAAGGAUGGUUGUGCAACAUCGGAAGAUACUUACUGGAAACUGGAUGCUUUACAGCUUUUCAUACAGGAUUUAAACUGGCCUGAGGAAGAGUUUGCAAAGUAUUUACAAGUUAGAAUGAAAGCAUUAGCCAGUGAAAUGAUUAACAAAUGUGCAAAUUGUACUUAUCAAUGUUUUGAUUCAUACAUGCAGCGUGCGCGUAAGUCGACGGAUUAUGUUUUACCCUCAGAAGUUUGCAUUAUGAUCAACGUGAUUUUCUCAUCAAAAUCUCGUGCAACUAGAAUUGAACUGGAUUCAGGAGAAUACAAAUAUCAGUCAAAGUUGGAUGAAACUCUGGAUACCAUGCUAAAAGAUAUGGAAACGUGUAUCGAAGAUAAGCUGUUAUCGAUUUUGGAUUAUGUUCUAUCACGAUUGACCCGUUAUGACGAAGGAAAUCCUAUUGGAGCUAUUCUCUCGAUUGCGCCUAAACCCACGACUAUCUUUAACAGAAUGAAAAAUAUAGUCAGCGAUCAAAGCAUUGUUGGUAAUUUAACAGGCAAUGCUGCAUCAUCUCCACAGACUGCUACAAAAGCCACUCAGUCUCAAAACUCGGGUCAUUUUGGACAUUCUUAUGUGACAUUUAUGCGUAUUUGUACGGAGCAACUGCGACAGGUUGUGGUAGAUGAACUGUGGGUCAAUGCAUUGUUUGAACACUGGUAUGAUGGCCAAAUGAACAUGAUAAACGAAUGGUUGACUGAAAGAUUGCAGCAGUCACUUUCUCCAUAUCAGUUAACAUGUCUUUUAUUCAUGGUCAAGAAAAUAUACUCGGAUUCGGAACUACAAGGUAUUGAUGAGGAACGACUAAAUAGCAAAACAUAUCAAUCCAUAUCAAGAAGAUUACAAAUUGAAGAAGCAAACUGUGCAUUGAAUGAUCGUGCCUCAAGUCAUGCAAGCACAUCAGUUAGUAACCACGCCCUCAUUGAUAACGCUACUCAAGCUGUUACGAACGUCGGUAGUUUAGUGGAGGGCGCUAGUGCUAAAAUGUUUUCACUUUUCAGAUAA